CGGGAGCAAGAAGGAUGUCGUUGAAGCCAUUUACCUCUCCGUUGCCUGAAACAAGGUUUCUUCGUGCGGGCAGGCUGGUGUACAAGUUUAAAAUCCGGUACGGCAACUUCAACAGCGCUCCUGAUCUCGACAACACUGCAAGUGCUGCCAAGGAGUUAGAGGAAGCGAUUCGAGUCAUCCUUGGAAAUCUUGAUGAUUUACAUCUGUUUUCUACAGACCACUUCACUAUCUUUCCGUAUUUGAGUAAAUGGGAGAGAGUAUCGAAGAUGAGAUUCAAACAUGGGAAGGUCCAUCUUGUGCCUUAUCCCUACAUUUGCACUGUGUAUCUAGAACUCAACUCAUUUCAGCAAAACGUAUCUUGUGGUGAAGAAGUAAACAAGGGCAGCGAUGAGCUUGUCAAGAGAAGAAAGGAAGUGUCAGAAAGUCCUGCAGUGGAAGGAAGGGUGAAGAGGAGAAGAGUGGAAGUCGGAGCAGAGACCUCAUGCCCACAGUCGGGUAUGGACAGAACUGGAGCCGAGUGCGUUCACCAUAGGAGUAAAGCAAAGCCUGGAUUUGAAACGGUAAGCUACAGAAUAUUCAGAAGGAGACAACAGCAUCUGUUUAGUCCUGGAUUCUUAAAGUGGCAAGCAUCAAAAUGCUUCCAGGUAAUGUUUUUUUUCCCUUUUCACCUGCAUCACCUGCAUCGAGACGUUUGAUUCCUGCUCAUCAAACUUAGCCAAGGGAUGAGUUUGACCGGGAGAGGACACAAGCUUUUCUGACUGUCAAGCUAUGCACUCUAGGGGUGAGCUUAGCCUCUCAGAGCUGAACCUGAAGGAUGCCCUGCCUUGUCUUCAAGGCUCCAGUCCUCUUUUA